CAAUUUGUUGCUUUUGUAGAUACGACUCAAAAUACAGUGAAAAAACAAUGAGAAUAAAACUUGUUUGAGUAAAUACAAUGAAUUUGUUAUAAGCACGAAGAAACAAAUAUGGCUGCCUCUAUGGUUAGAUCACAUGCACAAUUUAAUGUCCUGAGACAAUUACUGAUAGACAACGUAUGGCGUGAACAGAGCACAAAUCAUAUUCUGCAAGCUUGUGCAUUAAAUAUUCAAUGUCAUUUCUAUCAUUCCACACCUGUGCGUUUAAAAAAAAAAUUGUCACAAAAGCAAGAGAAGAAAAUUAUACAAACAUUAAAUGAGGGUGUUGACAAUUAUGUGGUUGAUAUAUCAAAGAAGAAGAAGAAAGUACCUUUUGUGGAAGUUUGGAAAGAUAUGACUGUAAGAGAAUUAGCAGUCUCUGCUAAUAGAGACGUAAAGGAUAUUAUGUAUGCCCUGUAUUUGUUUGACAAAGAACAGAAAUACUAUAAAGAUAGUGUUUUAGAUUUGAAACUAGUCCAUAAUGUUGUUAAAAAAUUAGGCGCACUCUCUAAAGUUGUACCAAAUGUAGAUGAAACAGAGUCAAAAGAGGAGAGGUAUAAGGAUAUCAUUGAGAGACCUCCGCCUGAUAAAUCCGUGUUAGUAAAACGACAUCCCGUUGUAACGAUCAUGGGACACGUCGAUCACGGGAAAACUACUUUAUUGGACGCGCUACGUGAUUCUUCAAUUGUAGAAUCAGAAUUUGGUGGAAUUACGCAACAUAUUGGUGCCUUUAACGUAACGCUACCGUCUGGAGAAAGAGUGACAUUUUUAGAUACUCCUGGACACGCUGCUUUUAUAUCUAUGCGACACAGAGGAGCACAUGUUACUGACAUUGUAGUAUUAGUGGUAGCAGCCGACGACGGCGUUAAGGAACAAACUUUGCAAAGCAUAGAAAUGGCAAAAGAUGCAAAUGUUCCAAUUAUCGUGGCUAUCAAUAAAAUUGAUAAGCCUAAUGCCGAUAUUAAAAGGACGCAAAACAUGCUCGCGCAACAUGGUAUCCUUGUCGAAGAUCUUGGCGGCGAUGUACAGUGUAUUAACAUAUCUGCUUUAAAGAGAACUAAUUUGCAAGAUUUGACAGAAGCUAUAGCUGUACAAGCUGAUAUAAUGGGAUUACAAGGAGAUCCUGUGGGACUAAUGGAGGGUGUUGUCAUCGAAUGUAGUAAUCACAGCGGUCGUGGAAAAUUAGUGACAGCUUUAAUUCAACGUGGCACUUUAAGAAAAGGCUGCUUGUUAAUAUCUGGUCUCGCACCGGGAAAAGUCAGAGCUAUGUUCAACGACGCAGGCCGUCCGGUUUUAGAAGCUAAACCAUCGGAAGCGGUUCAGAUCAUCGGAUGGAAAGAAUUACCUAAUGUUGGAGACGAGAUACUGGAAGUGGAAAAUGAAAAGGCAUUGCACAUAGUUCUAAAAUUUAGAGAAAGUCAACGCAACGAUGCUCUAGCUAAGGAACAUGCGGAGGCUGCUGACAAGAAAUACGCAGAUAUGCUUUUGCACUAUAAGAAAAGAUUAGCGCUAAGGAGAGAAUUUGGGAAAAUGCAUCCAAAAUAUAGUGCAUACGUAAAUCGAAAUGUUCCUGUGAAAAAAGAUACUAACACGGACACGACUCCUACAGUCAAUGUCAUCAUAAAAGGUGACGUGUCGGGAACUAUUGAAGCUAUAUUAGAUCUUUUCGAUACAUACACGGCGAACAACAUCUGUCGUUUAGAUGUUGUUCAUUAUAACAUUGGCAACGUCACCGAGACUGAUUUACAAUUAGCAAAAACGUUUGAUGCAAUUAUUUAUCGUUUUAAUGUGCAAAUAUCCCAUGAAUUAGAAAACAAAGCAGAAAAAGAAAACAUAUCUAUUCGAGAAUAUAACGUUAUAUAUAAACUUUUCGAUGAUCUUAAAGAGGAAAUUAAUAGUAAAUUACCUGAAGUCGAUGUUGAAGAAGUAUUAGGGGAAGCAAACGUACAGCAAGUAUUUCAGAUUACAGAAGGAAAGAAGAAAGUAAUCGUUGCGGGAUGUCGUUGUACGAAAGGCGUUCUCAAAAAGUCUGCACAGUAUCACGUAGUGAGGAAUGGGGAGAAUAUUUACACGGGAAAAUUAGUGUCAAUGAGACAUCUGAAAGACGAGGUGUCAUCUAUCAAAGUUAACGUCGAAUGCGGUCUCAGAUUCAAUGAUCCAACUAUAGCAUUCCAACCUGGAGAUAUUAUCGUCUGCUUCGACAUCAAACAAAUGCCUCAAACGAUCAAGUGGGAUCCUGGAUUUUGAGUCGAUGUUUUUAUUUAAAAAAAUUUAUAAGAGAUAGUAUUAAGUCUAAUACAAAAUAAAAGAAACACGCUACUAAACAU